ACCAGAUGGAGGGGUAGGAUUUAAUAAGCUUUGCUUCUUCCUACUCCUUUUGGACAUGUGGAACUGGGAACUGAUUAUGUGAUGCACUCAAUCGCAUGUUCAAAUGAAAUAAAACCAUUACCAUAUCAUACGACAAGAAGUAAAAAGUAAUAUUAACCUUUCGCUCUCGUCCCAGCUGCCCUCCAGUAUAGUCGGCAGGCUGGGGACGCUGGAAUGACUGGCGUGGAGACCCUGCGCCGUCCUCCUGGACACAAUCCACACCAGCUUUUUGUUGUCAGGCUUGAGGCAUCGACUGGAGCUGUACUCGUUCACGCACUUGGACACGAGUUGCUGCCAGUAGAGCAGCUCGCUGUCGCUGAUCUGUGAAGGAGACGCGUACAGGAUAGGGUAACGUAUGAAAGGUUAUCCAGUGGGCUACUUUGUGGUCGUCUACCACAACGCAGAACAGCACUGCAUUGUACAUGAGAGGAAAAACACCCGAAAAAAAACACCUUUGUGUGUCUUUGCAGUUGCUGCACAAUCUUGGUGGCGUGGAAGGAUUCCAGGGUGUCAAACGCGUGAGCAAUGAGGGCGAGCGCCAGCACAGAUGACUGCGGAGGAGAAGAGGCGACACGUUGGCGAGAGCGUGUGACGUCAUUGCCGCUCUAUUAUGAAGCUGCCACCUGCCGCCUUACUUUCGCCUUGGAGAAAACAAGCCGACACAAGCAGGCUUUCAGCUGAGCUUCCAGCCUCCCGAUGCUUGGGAUCUCCACCCUUGGAAUAGAAAAAGGGAAUCCCACUGUAAUCCACCCACACAAACCAAUGGAGCGAGCGCUUACCCCUCAGCGUACACGCAGGCCAAGGCCGAGUGGUAGAGGUGCAGGAAGUUGAAGGCCGUCACCGCCGUGCCAGGCUCCCCGCUCAGCUUCUCCGAGAUGAUCUUCUCCAUGCGGUGUAGGUCUGACACGGUGAACUUGCUCUGGCUGAUGCGAAUGAGCUCGCAGAUAGGUGCCACAUUGCUCUCCUCCUCCGUCACGGUGGCUGCCAAGUGGAGGCAGCAGACGGCGAUGCAGGGCACGUGUUUGGGCUGAGCCUGACAGCAACAAGUAAGUCAUCGUCUCGUGACUGAAAGCUUAACCAGGUCAGUAGGACAUUUUCAUGUCAUCAAACGGCAGAAGACACAGAUUUGGAACAGUGUAUUGUUAUUUUAAGACGUGCAGCGAAGCCUAUUUUUUUACAAAGUGGUGGGUGUUUGGGUUGGCCAUCAUCUCGAGCAUCAAGGGGAACCAGGACGAACAUUCCGAUUCUCCUGAGAUCGUUCAAAAUGCUUUUAUUCCGAUUCCUAGUUUCCAUGCCCACUUUGCCUAUCGAAAGAAAUGGCCGCCAACACCAUCGAAGAAGAAGUCGGCGAGCACCAACAUUCGCAACACAAUCAUACCAUGCGGAGGAGGACGCAUGAUUAACAUGAUUCAUGUUCACGCAUUCAUGGUGUUGAAAUAACACAGUACCUCGUCUUUGAUGCGCUACGUCGGACUUCCUCAUCCAGCAAUAAACGGCGUCUGUCUCACGCCAAUGUAAUCGAGAGUUUCAGCAAGCUAGCUGAUGUGGAAGUCGGAUCGAAAUGAAGGACGGGAGCGACGACCAGGCAAGUUUAGCAACAGUUCAGACAACUCUGGUUAGCGCCCUCAUUUAAACCAUGCAAACUUGAAUGAUGCUUUAGAAGCAGUGGAAUCGAGAAUCGUUAGGAAUCAGUCCGAAAAAAAAUAAAAAAUAAAAAAUAAAAAAUAAAAAAUAAAAAAUAAAAAAUAAAAAAUAAAAAAUAAAAAAUAAAAAAUAAAAAAUAAAAAAUAAAAAAUAAACAUUCAUUCAUUCAUUCAUUUUCUACCGCUUUUUCCUCACGAGGGUCGCGGGGGGUGCUGUUAAAAAUUAAAAAUUAAAAAUUACAAUAAAAAAGGAAUCAGUUCGAAACGAGGAAUCGUUCAAAUAUAUAUAUGGUGCUCAUAAACAGGCAUUAUAUGUGUCCCUAACACAUAAUUUCAGAAGGUCAUUAAAAAUCCACAUUUACUUAAUAAUUGACAAUGUCCCAUGUCGUUAAAGUAUACUUUCAGCAGACCUUUCAUUAGGAACACCUCAUCCAUUACAACUGUCAAACUUUAUUUUGAGUAUCACUGUAAAAUUGCUCAUUUAGCAAAAUGUCUCUCGUGUAAAUAGGUAAGAAUGUUAAAAAAUGGGCAAAUGUGUCAAGGUGGCAACAGAUUGACCCCGGAAGGGAUUAUUUCUAUUUGACCGGUGUCCCUGAUGCUGUAUAUUAGACAGAGUGAGCAUCUUACCUUCACAAUGGUCAAAAAUCGAUCCAGCAGAUUGACGGCUUGUACAAAAGUGUGGGUACUGUAGCCAAAAAAGCUGGUCAGACCCCACACCUCCUCCACUCGGGCGUCUCUGCAUUUGGCCGACACGCCGCUCACGUUCUGAAUAUUUUUCAGGGAGACAUCAGCGGAUAAAAUCCAAAUAGUGUGCAACAAAAAAAGUGGGUCAGUGUGUUACCUCAGUGGACUCCAUCAUAUUCAGACCAGACUUCCUGGGGAGAAAGUUGUCCUCCAGGGCGCAGCAACACUUCAGCUCCCUCACAAGUGACCUGUCCAGUCCUCCAGUUCUCCAUCCUGGAGAAAAACAUCUUUAACAUGUCAUUCUUUAGGAUUCCUACACUGAGGUCAAUGCAAAAAUCUUAAAUGUGUAGGAACGGUGGAGCAGCUCCUAGAUGUCUGCUAGCUAAGCCACACCUGCUUGCUGGGUGUCACGUAUCACUGGACACACCCCCGAACACAAUCAAAACACAUAUUUUACAUUAUAGUAUAACACAUUUGUGUUACUGCUCAUCACUGAAUUACAACAAACACAAUACUCGUUUGUAGUUGCAGUUAGUGGUAACAGAAAGUAAUGUGUUUGCUAAGUUUCAGCUUUUGAAAACGCCGACCUACAGCAUAACGUUAUGGACUUAAAACAUCGAACGACGACACGAACUUCCACUCAGGACACUUCUGGCCUGAAAUUCAACAGUCUGACACUGGAUGAAUUGAAUGAGGAGCUGGAGAGGCGCACCAAGGAAACCCAGCUACUUCUGGAAGAAGUGGAAAAUGCAACCAAAUUUACCUUGGAGAGGUUUGGCAGCACAGGAGGACACACUUGUAUAACUCACUCCACAUCUUGUGAUUCAGCCCAGCAGAGAGAUGCCACCUCCACCAGGGAUGUCAUGUCUAACCUCAGAGUGACUGACUCAAGGGGGUACAUCGAUCAGAUGGAAAAGCUGCUACACCUGCUGGAGGAGGUGCAAGUCAUCAAAAGGUCAGGUGACCAGAAGCUGCAGGAAGGGCAGCUGAACAAGAAAGUGGAGGCAUUGGAGGUGAACAUAAAGGAGUUCUGCCAGGAGUUCUUAUCCUGCAAGAUAACUGCUACUGGUCCCAAAGAGGCUGUCCCGACUGUGACUGACGAUUAUCUUAAUGACGUUUUGCCUCGCCCAGACCCUAGCUCCAGUGAGCCCCAGCAGCCUGUGGAACAUGUGAAGAGCGAGUGCAGGCAGACUGAGAGAAGAAUGGCGCAGUUAAUUGCCAGCGUUGGCCAGGAGGCGGCGAUGUUGAACCAUAAACUGAGCUCCUCCAAAGACAGCGGUGCUCGCAUCAGCACCAAACUGGAACUUUUAAGGAGAUUGCUGCGGCAGCAUGAGGUCCUGCUUGGGCCACUGGAGGAGGUGCAGACUCCAGGAGGAGAGCAGGAUGUGACCAAGGAGGAGAAAAAGCAGCAUCAGACACAGUGUGGGAGCAUCCUUGCUGAAAACGAGACCCUGAGGCUAAAACUAGUCGACAAAGAGAAACUGGUGGAGCUUCUCAGGUCUCAACUGGACCGCAGCAACCAGACCAUCGCCCAGCACAGUUGCACCAUGGCGGGCCUCCACCAGGAGAACAUCCUCCUGAGCGAACAGCUGAAGCAGCACAAGCAAGAGAUGCAGCAGCUCAAAACCCACCUGGCUGCUGCAGAGUCUCAGCAGGUUGAGACGGAGAACCUGGAGAAGCAGCAGCUCAUCACCCAGCUGGAGGUGCAGCACAGGCACAUCGCCGUGGCUGAGGAGCACAAAGCGCUACAACAGCUCCACAGCUGCACCAACGAGGAGCACAGGGGAGUCGUGCUGAGGCUCCAGGGCCGGCUGAAGAGUGCCCAGACUGAGCUGGACCGGGUCAGGAGCACCCCGAGGACCCUGGAAGGCAAUGGAGCAGCCAUGGACAUGCAGAAGGGCUUCACAGCCAGGAGACAGCAGACAGACACUCUGAAGGCCAGAGUCCAACAUCGAGAGGAGGCGGUGAAGAAACUGGACCAGGAGAGAUCCUACCAAAACGUGGAGAACCAGCAUCAGGUCCCGGAGCUGGCAUUCGUCAAGGAGGAGAAGAGGCAACUUGCCCACGAGCUGGACGCCGUUCGCUCAAAAGACAAACUUUUACGGGAGAGAAUCUGCGAGCUGGAGGCCAUCCUUCACAAGAUGACCGAGAGCUUUGCCAACUGUCAAGACUUCAUGCAGCUGAAGGAGCAGGAGUUCUUCCGCCUGAAACUCGAGCAUCUCCUGGACUUGAAGGAGUUCCAAGGUCAAAACGUAACUCCACCUGGACUGGACUCUCUGACCUUGCCUGCACUCAGCGAUCUUCAGCUCUCCAUGCAGGACGCCUGCAACCGCCAGAUGAAGGCAACAGAGCGGCAGGAGAGCCCCGCCCGGGCCCGGCAAGGAGGACCACCCAGCGACAACGCCGCCACCCCCAAGAGGAGGUCCGCACCGGCCAGAGCGAACAGGCCCGCAUUCAGCAGCAUUGAGCAGGUGGAAACCGUCAAAGCAGCUCGCAGACGGAAAACGUGCGGCAGCGAGACCCAUUUCCCUAAGAAGAUGGCCGAGUUGGACGCGGCAAGAGACAGUCAUGUACGGUCACCUUUGGCGAGCGCAGCAAAGAACGCUUUUUUCCCCACGCGACGACUCUUAUCGGGCCGCAGGUCACCUGUGCACGCUCUUCUGACCUCUGACCCUGCACACAGCUGGCAGACACAACAGCAGCGGUCCUGAAGAUGGCACAAUGCCGGACCUCCUCCUCCUCCGCCCCCUGCCCCAUGGCCUCCUACAUCUCCCGUCCUCUAGCACAAUGAGACACCACCACGACGACAACGUCUUCUUCUGGUUGACUCCAGCAGCUAAUGGUCAUCUUCUCCUCACUGCCGGCAAUCACGCCCCUGGCUUCUCGUUUAAAUAAAAGCCCCGCCCCGAAAUCAGUCGAUCAAAUUCGACACGGAGCCCACCGACUUCAGACCAAUCAGCGCGCAGCGGGGCCGGUCUCGAGACGGUGGUCCGCUCGAGCCCCGGCCAAUGGGAGGACGAGCUUGACGCAAGGGAGGGGAGCGGGGGGCGUGACGUCAACGGCUCUUGGCCAUUUGAAAGGCUCAUUAUUCACGCGCACGCG